AUGUGCGUUAUAGUUUUUGGUGAUAGCAUUAGCGAAGUGAAUGGACAAAUAUUAGAAGAAGUCACAAUUAAUACAGGAAAAGAAUUGCGCCCACGCGUUCAAGAUUAUCUCAAAAAUGGUUGGAUAAUCUAUUCUUACUGUCCAUUAUGCAUUGUAAACACAAAAACUAAUCAGACGAUUAAUUUGACUUCUCAAGAACUUAAAUCCAAUGCAUUAGCAUCAUCAAACCAGAAUUCACUUCCUCCUAUACCUGAUCUAGUCGAAUUCCCUCCUUUUAAGUUCCCAACAAAAUCUGAAAUCAUAUCAGAGUCAAACUCAGGUUAUUCACAACUACAGUCCGGAGAAUCAGAUAACAACAGAUAUAAAAACCAAAUUAUAAGUCGAUCUAUUGAAAGUACUCAUAAAAAGAAACGACACAGAAAGAAACACACGCACCUCUGGAGCGUCUCAAAUACAAUGGACAAUACUUCAGAGAGUGAUUCAAGCACCAUGAUUGUCGAUACAAUUGUUAUUUCAAGCGGAGAUAGCAGUCCAAAUUCUGAAAUAUUUGUAAACCAAGCAAAUACUACGUCAAAUACAAGACAAUCUAUACCACAAAACAAUGCGCAUACUAUUUCUGGGAUUUACGAUCAACAAGAUAAAAAAUUUUAUUCAACUGGAAACUACAUAGCUCCUCCUGUUAAACUGAUGCAAGGCUCAGAUGUCCCUAAUACUCUCCAAGGUUAUACUAAAAACCCAGUCCUGGUUAAUGAAGGAACAUCUCCAUUACAUCCCUCAAUUAAACAAUCUCUUAAAACGAAUACGAACUACGUUGCUCCCCCUCUCAGCCAAAACUAUUUACAGCGUCUACCACCACUUUCUCAGUGGACGUUAGAUCAUCCAUCAGAUUUUAAGGACGAAAAGCAGACAAGCAACAGCCAGGAUACUCCAAAUGCACCACAAAUCAAUAAUCCCGAAAAUGUUGCUUCAAAGAAGUCCAAGAAAAAGAAGAAAAAAUCGAAAAAGAGAUCAAAAAUUUCAAUUCAUAGUAUUUCUAAGAAAGAUCCACCACAACUCCCAAUUCAUGUAUCACUUGACUUCGAUCCUUCAUCAAGUAUGCACUUAUCAGAAGGAAUGCCUGCAACUCCUUCAGCUCUUAAAACUAUUUCACCUUUAGUUACUCCACGAGCUCCAGAAAUACAACAGGUAUUUCCUCCUCAGUCUCCAACUCCUGAACAGAAGCCGAAAACACCGAAGAAGGCAAGAAAAAGCCAUAAAAAGAAGAAAUCCAAAAAAUCUUCAAAGCAAAAGUCAUCUAAAUCCGGCCAUUCAUCGAAAUCCGAAAAGUCAGAGAAGUCAGAUAAAUCAAAUCCUGUACCGAAACCAGAAAAACCAGCGAAAUCAUCAAAAUCUUCAAAAUCAGAUAUCAAAGAAUCCGAUGAAGAAGAAUCUUAUGCAGGCGAAGAGUCCCAAUAUGAGUCGUACAAUUCUAAAAAGGCUAGUGAGAACGAGGAACUAUCACAAUCUAUCUUAGAUUUCGGAACAAUUAAAAUUGAACCCGCUACAUCAACUGAAGAAGAGAAAACUCCUAAGCAAAAGAAGAAGAGGAAAUCCGUAUCAAGCGAACCAGACCUUCCUGAUACUCCUGUUCUUGAUUCUCCUCGUAAAAAGAAGAAGAAAUUCCUCAGAAAACCAAAAACUUUGGUCGGAGGAAAAAGAGCCAAAGUCAAAGCCGCCGGACACACGGAAGUCUUCGAAACAGAUGACGACGGAUACGAUGACGAUGAUCCUCCUGUCUUUAAGAAAGUCAACUUCUUCGAUUUGCUUGGCGUUGACCCUGACAGUGGAGAUGAAUAUUUAUCACAAGAUGAAAGCUCCCACAAAGAGGAAGAAGAGAUCAAAGGACCAGAUGACUUGAUUGCAGAAUUGAGGGCUGAAGGGAGAACAAUGUUCUACCAAAUGAGAACUGUGGAAACAAGUACUCUUGAAGAAAUGGAGAAAUUCGUUUCAAGUUAUGUAAGAUCUGAACUAAAGAAGAUGGAAUAA